AGAGCCGAGUAAAAUCAAAUGGCACCAAAAAUUGAAAUAGGAUAAGAGCAAAAUUGGCAGUGAAAAUCAAUUGGAAGUGCGAAACCCUAAUUACGGAACAAGAACAAACAAAGAAGAAUUAAGAAUCGGCGAGAAGAUGAAGAAGAAGGGGAAGGUGGUGGUGAUAAUGGGUCCUACUGGUUCGGGAAAUUCAAAACUAGCCAUUGAUUUAGCAACUCAUCGCCCUAAUAUUGAAAUAACCAACGCUGAUUCAAUGCAAGUCUACGACGGCCUUGAUGUUCUCACCAACAAAGUCCCUCUUCAUGAACAAAAGGGAAUUCUGUCGCGGGACUGCUUGCCAGUUAUUGUUGGCGGUACUAAUUACUAUAUUCAGGCUCUUGUAAGUCCUUUCUUAUUAGAUGAUAUAGCGGAAGAUUUCAAUGAAAGCUUUCAAAACGAGCCACCUUCUGGAGACGAGCAGAAUGAUGAGGGGUCUGAGUUUCAAAGAAAUGGUUUUAAUAGCUAUGAUUAUCUUAAACAUCUUGAUCCUGUUGCAGCUAACCGACUCCAUCCAAAUAACCACAGAAGGAUUAAUCAGUAUCUUAGUUUGCAUGCUCGCUGUGGUAUUCUUCCUAGCAAACUUUAUCAGGAAAAGGCUUCAGAGGCCAAAGAAGAAGAGAUUGAGAGGAAGAAAACGGAGGUUAAAGAUCGGGUUCAGGCUCAGUUGGGGCGGGCCGAAGAAGCUACAAAACGCUUAGCUGAAAUACGAGAAGAGCUUGAAGAUUUAUCGGAUCCAUUGAGGAAGGAAGUUUCAAUGGUGCGAAAGAAAAUUGAUAUACUUAACCGAGAGUUGAAGCCUCUUGGAUUCACCUGCCAUAAGAAGGAGAGGGAGUAUAAAGAAGUACUUGAAGCUUUUAAUGAGAAGAAUAAGGAAAAAUCACAAUUAGUCUCCAAAUUGCUAGAGCUGGUGAGUGAAAGUGAAAGAUUGAGGAUGAAGAAGCUGGAGGAGUUGAGCAAGAACAUCGAAACUCUUAACUAAUUAAACGCGAUAAUCAUAAUAUUAAUAUUAAUGAUAACACAUAUGUUUAAGCUUGAUUUAACCAGAAUCAUAUUCUUGGUUUGGUGCAUACUCUUGUGAUUUUCUAUCUGUAUUGUAAUCUCCUUUCUCAGUGUUUCUUGAUUAUUUGCAAGUUUGCUGAUAUAGGAAAAGAAGAUUAUUCUCCAAACAGCUUGAUUAUUCAUUUUAUUUUUCAAGA